AUGCGAAUCUUCUAUUUGGAACUGCUCCUUUUCAGCCUGACCCUGGCAGCACCAACUUUGAAACCACAGGCUGAGAAAACGAAGCAAGACUGUGUGGAAGAACAGAGGAUAACGUACAAGGGUCACCAUGAGAAACAUGGGUAUUAUAUGUUUAAGCAUGUUUCCACCUUGUCUGGAAGGAAAAACCAAACUGAUGUGAAGCAGGAAGAAAAAAACAAAGGUAUCGCUCUUCCCCAUUCUGGCAAGAGAAGUCAAGAGCCAGCACCUAAAGAAAACAUCGCCCAGAAAAAAGAGGAAGACUUGUUUCUUCCUAGAACCAAUGAAAAUAACAAAAGCACAAAAUCUCAAAAUCUUUCGGGAAAUAAACAGUCAAUGAAUGAAGACUACAGUAUCAGUAGCAAAGAAAAUGCCCACAGUGACCUAAAGAUGUCCAUUUAUCCUGAAUCGACUGGGAAGCGUGGGGCUGAGGACAGAGACAGUGCUAUCCGCAAACUACACAACCAAGAAGGAUAUGGCGCAGCUCUCAUCAGAAAUAACAUGUACCACAGAAUGGAGCCCGGGACUGUGAUUGAACUCUUGGGGGAAGAAAACAAAGAGAACAAACCCAGGAAGGUCCUAGGCAAACUUCCAGCAGAUGCCAACCAUGCUAAAGCCCCCUCACGACUUAAGAAUCACCAAAGAGAUUCCCAAGCCCAGAACAUUCCGGUAAAAAUCAAAACUACCCACCUCAUCCAACACAACAUGAAACGUCUAAAACAGCUCCCCAAAGUAAAAAACAUCCCCAGUGAUUUUGAGGGCAGUGGUGACCCUGAUCUUCAAGGGAGAGGAGAUAAUGAUCUCUCUCCUUUCAGUGGAGAUGGGCCACCUUUCAAGGACAUUUCUGGUAAAGGAGAUGCUAUUGAUCCUGACCGAGAAGGUACAGAUAUUCAAACAGAGCUUCCCAGCCCAAGUGAAACUGAGACCACCAGUCCUGAUGCAAAAGGGCCAGGUUACAAUGAGAUCCCAGAGAAAGAAAGGAAUGGCAGAAAAACUACUGGAACCAGGGGUAAAACAGCCCAGGAGGCAAAUACCGCUGAUGUAAGCCUAGUGGAGGGCACCAAUGACAUCAUAGGUGGCACCGAUUUUAAGAAACUCCCUGGGCAAGAAGGAAACAGAGUGGUUGGCGGCAGCCAAGAUGCGCAUCAAGGGGAAAUAGAGUUUCACUACCCGCAUGUACCCUCAAAAGACAAAAGAAAACAUGGCGGUAGCGAUGGAGCUGAAAGUACUAAGUACAAUGAAAUUCCAAAAAAUGGCAAAGGUAGCAGCAGAAAAAGCACAGAACAUUCUACUAGAAAUCAAGAGCCCUCAAAGGAAAAACAAAGAUUUCCCAGUAAGAGCAAAGGUCAGGGCCAGCUCAUUCCUUCUCGUGGUCUUGAUAAUGAAAUUAAAAAUGAAAUAAGUUCCCACAAUGGUCCCAAUAAUGAGGGAACCAUAAUAACACACAGCAGGAAAAAUCAUUAUGUGCCCCACCGACAGAAUAAUUAUACACGAAACAAGGGUGGGUCACAAAGCAAAGGCACCUGGGGUUACAGGAACUCCCUUUCCAAUAGGAGGUUUCGCCCCCCUAAAAAACAUGACAGUAGUGAGUCGUCUGACAGUGGCAGUUCCAGUGAGAGUGAUGGUGACUAG